GACCAAGGUGAUUAUGUGGAUUGUCCCGUGAAGAACGGAGAGGAGCCCAGUUCAGGAAAGUUGGAUAUAAGUUUAAAUAUUAAAAAAAAAAAGAAUGGCACUGUCCAAUCAGCUCUUUGGUACAACUUUCUCCUCUGUUUAAUUUGGAGGACACAAGAGUUUCCAAAGCAUCGAUCAUUCCAUUGGUGGUGGAUUGAAAGACUUGGUGAGUGACGUUGUACACAUGGGAAGACACUCUUGUUGCUACAAACAGAAGUUACGGAAAGGCCUUUGGUCUCCAGAGGAAGACGAGAAGCUGCUGAAUUACAUCACCAAACAUGGUCAUGGAUGUUGGAGCUCGGUUCCCAAACUAGCUGGUUUGCAGAGAUGUGGCAAGAGCUGCAGGUUGAGGUGGAUAAAUUACCUGAGGCCUGAUUUGAAGAGAGGAGCAUUCUCACAACAGGAAGAAAACAUGAUUGUUGAACUUCAUGCAGUUCUUGGAAACAGGUGGUCUCAGAUUGCAGCACAGUUACCAGGAAGAACAGACAAUGAGAUUAAGAACCUAUGGAACUCUUGCCUGAAGAAGAAGCUGAGGCAAAGAGGCAUUGACCCAAACACCCACAAGCCACUCUCUGAGGUUGAGAACGAAAAGGACAUGAUGCCACCCUCAACCGACAAAAGCACUCAGAAAGCGUCUGUGGGAUCCAAUGAAGUGAGUCUGGUUGAUCAUCACCAGCAACAACCAAAAAUCAUGCCUAAUUCAUCAUCAGAGAGAUACCCUCUUGAAGUUUCCACAACUAGUUCCACCCAGGAACUGUUCCUAGAUAGGUUUGGUACCCCCACCACCUGCCACCACCACCACCACAACAACAACACUUCUGAUGUUGUAGGAUCAUACUUCUCCUUCCAGCACUUGAACUAUGGAACAACAACAAACAUGUCCCUCUCUGCAAACCCCAACGCCUCUCUUUGUUUUGUUCCAGCCUCCACUUCUUCAGACCUUAAUAACAAUUCCACCAUAACCUCCUCCAUGCUCCCUUCAAUUUUCCCAACACAACACGUGAAGCUCCAAUCUAAUAACAACAACCCUUCCAUUUCGUCUGAUGGGGUUCAAAACUGGGAAACAAGUAACUUAAAUAACAGCAACAGCACAAACAAAAACAAUGGGAGUAUGCAGUUACAAAGCUGCACAAACUUCAUUGACAACACGUGGGGGGUGGGAGAGUCUAUGAAGGUUGUUAACAUCAACAAAGAUGCUGAUCAAAUGCCUCUACAAGCAGAACAAGAAGAUCUGAAAUGGUCUGAGUAUCUUAAUACCCCGUUUAUUCUGGGAAACAACACAGCGCAGAAUCAUCAAAUUCAAACCUCUCAAUCUAUCUAUAGUGAGGUUAAACCAGAAACAGGUUUCAUAACAGACGAGUCAUGUGCUACAUGGCACCAUUAUCAGAAUCAGACACCAGCUUUUCAACUUUCCGAUAUAUAUAGCAAGGAUCUGCAGAGAUUUUCAGUGACUUUCGGACAAACCCUGUAACGUGUGUGUACGUAAUAUAUGUGGAAAAUUCAAUUCAACGAAAGAGACAAAGAUGUUGCCGACUUAAUUUUCCAAUAUGAUGAUCCAGGUCAGAAUUUUCUCUCGUGAGUUCUGACCACAGGUGUGUGCCGUUAAAAAAAAUACUUUCUUUCUUUCUUUCCAUAUUGUAUAUUAUGUUACAGUGUAAUAUUUGUGAUUAAUUCCAGCUUCUUAUUCCACCCACCAUUUUGUUAAUCAAACAUAUAUAGAGGCACUACUGCUGAAUAAGGCUUGUUCCAAUCCAAGGCUUACAAAAUAUUCUUCAGUUGUUAAUGAUGGAUGUGUAACUCGUGUUGUGUGUAUACAAAUUGACAGCAUUAAUUGUUUUA